UUUGAUUCCGAAACCGGUCUCCCGCGUCAAUGGUUGGAGAUCAGCCUCCGUGAUGCGGAGCUACCCCGUGCUUGUCUCACCAAUUCGACACAGGCCUCACCUUCACCAGUAAUCAACUAAGCUAUCAUCUACACUCUUGAAAUCAUGACGCGCUCUCUUCAAGACUCUGUUGUUCUCGUAACGGCCGGUACAUCUGGUCUGGGCCUCUGCGUAGCGGAAAAAUUAAUUCAAGCUGGCGCAUCAGUCGUCGUCAAUUACGCCUCCAACGAGGAACGAGCCCACGAUGUUUUUGUGCACCUCAACCAACUGGCUGCGAAGUGCUUCUCGCAGGAUACUGGACCACGGUGCCUGAAAAUAAAAGCUGAUGUGACCAAGAAGACAGAGAUUCAGCAGUUGGUCAAUCAGACUGUCCUUGCAAUGGGUAGGCUGGAUGCUGUUGUAUCAAACGCUGGAUGGACCAAGUUUGCGAAUUUCAACGACAUCGACGAUAAUGUUGAUGAGGAAGUUUGGGAUCGCUGCUAUGCGGCUAAUGUCAAGUCCCAUAUGUUUCUCUGCCAUGCGGCGAAGAAGUACUUGGAGGAGGCCAAUGGUGCAUUUGUUAUGACUGCAUCUGUUGCAGGAGUCAAGCCAAGCGGGAGCUCUAUUGCAUAUUCUGUCACAAAAGCAGCGCAAAUUCAUUUGUCAAAGACUCUGGCCACGGUGAUGGCACCAUCAAUUCGCGUCAACUCUGUAUCUCCAGGGUUCAUGGAGACAAAUUGGAUUGCCAACAUGCCGCAGUCAAAGAUCGACGAUGCUAGAGAAAAGACUCUCCUCAAGCAGAUCACCAAAGUUGAGGACGUCGCGGAGCAGAUCAUCUUGCUCAUCAAAUCGGAAUCCGUGACAGGAUCUAAUGUUGUUAUUGAUUCCGGAUUUUCUGUUUAGGGUACAGGAACAAAAUUGUGACUCAAGGACCAAACAAGAUACCAAUUGAAUGGGUGGGGUGAAUGCGAGGAUGACGCUCGGAGCCUCGGCGAUUUCUCGAUUCGUUGAUUACUCCCCAGGCUUAAAACCUAAGCGCCAAGCUUGAUUUAAAGUCUGCGUAUACAGGGUAGCAUUAAUAAAAUACAAUCACAUUCAAC